CUCCUGCUCCCUGACCCAGUGGCAGCCCCUACUCACUGCACUCUCUGCUCUCCUCAGAUCGAGGCUGCUCUCAUUUUCCUCCCUGAGUCUCUCAUUUCCACUCUAGAGCAGCCGGGGGACCCUCAGGGUCGAAGGUUUCACCCUGUCUGCUCCUUGUGACAGCACCUCCCGACCCCCGGCCCCCAUGGACGAGCUCCCAGCACAGCACUGAAGGCAGCCCAGGGACUCCAGCAGCAGACAUUUUAUGGAGCUUUUUCUUCUGCGAUGAUUCGAAGCAUGUAGAUAGACCGGCAUCUUUUAAUAUCUGGAUCUCAGCAGUGUUGAUGAACCUAUCACCGGGUCUCGCAGUUGGUGGACACAUGAUGCUUGCUUCGCUCUGUUGUUCCUGUACGCUGUGAUUUUCUCAUGUCUAUAAGAAGGAAGGAUGGCUCUUGGUAUUCCCUCACAAGGCAAAGUGACAGUAACAGUGGAUGAAUAUAGUUCCAACCCAACUCAAGCAUUCACACACUAUAACAUCAACCAAAGCAGAUUCCAACCUCCUCAUGUCCACAUGGUAGACCCCAUCCCUUAUGACACUCCCAAACCAGCCGGCCACACGCGUUUUGUCUGCGUCUCUGACACACACUCCAGGACAGAUGGUAUCCAGAUGCCAUACGGGGACAUCCUUCUGCACACAGGCGAUUUCACAGAGCUGGGGCUGCCUUCCGAGGUUAAGAAGUUUAAUGACUGGUUAGGAUCCUUACCGUACGAAUAUAAAAUAGUGAUUGCAGGGAAUCAUGAACUUACUUUUGAUAAGGAAUUCAUGGCAGAUCUUGUUAAACAGGAUUACUACCGCUUUCCCUCAGUUUCCAAAUUGAAACCUGAAGACUUUGAUAAUGUGCAAUCACUCCUCACUAACAGUAUUUACUUGCAAGAUUCAGAAGUAACUGUGAAAGGAUUCCGAAUAUACGGCGCACCAUGGACACCAUGGUUUAAUGGAUGGGGAUUUAAUCUUCCUAGAGGCCAGUCUUUACUUGACAAGUGGAACCUUAUCCCCGAGGGCAUCGACGUUCUAAUGACUCAUGGACCUCCCCUCGGUUUCCGAGACUGGGUCCCUAAAGAGUUGCAGAGAGUCGGGUGUGUAGAACUUCUCAACACGGUGCAAAGGAGGGUCAGGCCCAAGUUGCACGUAUUUGGUGGAAUCCAUGAAGGUUAUGGGAUAAUGACUGAUGGUUACACAACAUACAUCAAUGCCUCAACGUGUACAGUCAGCUUUCAACCAACCAACCCUCCUAUUAUAUUUGACCUUCCCAAUCCACAAGGAUCAUGAAGACACAUUGGAAAAAAAAAAAUGGGUCUAUAAACUAAUUUUCUUUCCUUAUUCAUUUUAAUAAUAAAACAACUCUGUUGGUCUUUGUAACUAUUUAAAGUUGUUUUUUCCUCAUCUUCCGUUGUUUUGGUACAAAAAAAAAGGAAAAAAAAUCAAAAUAAUAUACUUUUAAUUUAUCCGUUAUUAUUGUGUCCUCAGAACGCUGUUGUAAAUUGUACAUAUCCCAGGAGGGUCACCAAACUAUACAGUACAUUACAUUUAAAAAAUUAAGCUAUUUUUUUUAAACCACCGGGAUUUGCACAACCUAUUAUUAUUUGUAUUGUGUGUAUUGUAAGUUUUUUUUUUUUUUUACUGUUAUUGAAUUUGUGUGCUUUAUCACCUCCAGGUGCAUUUUCCAUUGCCUUUUUUUUUCUCCAUUUUUAGUUCAUGUUUUUAGUACAUCUAUUGUUAUUAUUAAUCCAUUACUUUUUGUGCUUCUGUUUUUUUUAAAUUAAAUUAUUUGUUAUCUUUAUUAUGUAUGGGGCUGAAACAGCUGUAAAGAAAUUGUAUGCCAUACAUUAAAACUUGUAAAUGCAAGACUCCUUUUAAAUAUGGAUUUAUAUAUAUAAGUAUUUUUCUGUGUUAUAACAAAAUGUUGCACACAGCUAACCUAAAUUAUGAAGAAUGGGAGACUUCUACAAGCGUCAUUUUCUUCUGAGUUUUUGUGUGCAUUUUUAGGCAUGUAUUGAAGUAAAUGAAUACAAUCGAUGAGAAGGGCUGUGUUGCUCUUUUUUUUUUUUUUUUUACGCAUUCUUGAAUCCCUCCCUCUUUUUCUGUUAUUUUUUCCUCUUAUUUUGCACUGUGUGUAAAUGCAAUCUUGCUAGCACAAAAAUAUUGUCGCAAAUAGCUCUUUUCUGCUGACCUCUGUAAAUGCUUUUUCAGGGCUUGUCCUGUUUUUCUUCUUUUUUUGCUACCUUGUUAAUGGACUUUAGAAAACCAUUUGUUUCUUUUACAUUUAUUGUGAUAUAUAUCUAGCGCCUUUAUAUGCAAAUAAAAUUGCAAGAUUUUUAAAUAUGCGGCAUG